UCUCGCCCAUUUUCUCUCUCUACGACUCGCUCUGUUUUCUCAGACCGAAGCCCAUUUCCAAUGUGAUGCAUCCCCCGGAUGACUCGUGUACCCCUUGACUCUUUCUUUUUGAUCCCAAAUCCUCGCGCCUUUCAAUAAUCGGUCUGGAUUUUCCGGCGAUACUGCGUCGUCGUUCCGGUUCUGUUCACUGCGUUGUGUUUGCACAGUUUGCAAGUGGCAGAGUUUGAAUGGAAGCUGCAGCAGCGCCAGCUGUUCAGAAAGAGAACAGGUUCUGGAAAGGUGUGCUCGCGGUGGUCGGAAUCAUGACCACUCUCGUCAUCUAUGGUGUUCUACAGGAAAAGAUCAUGAGGGUUCCAUAUGGAGCCGAUAAAGAAUAUUUUAAGUACUCAUUGUUUCUUGUUUUCUGCAACCGCAUUACAACAUCUGCUGUCUCUGCGGGUGCUUUACUGGCAAGUAAAAAGGCAUUGGAUCCUGUUGCUCCAGUUUACAAGUACUGCCUCAUAUCAGUGUCAAACAUACUAACCACAACAUGCCAGUAUGAGGCCCUCAAGUACGUCAGUUUUCCAGUACAAACGCUCGCAAAGUGUGCCAAAAUGAUACCUGUUAUGGUUUGGGGCACUCUCAUUAUGCAAAAGAGAUACAGGGGACCUGAUUAUUUGCUGGCUUUUCUGGUUACUGUUGGUUGCUCAUUUUUUAUUCUUUAUCCGGUAGCAUCUGACAUUAGUCCAUACAGUAAAGGAAGGGAAAACACUGUCUGGGGCGUUUCCUUGAUGAUGGGUUAUCUUGGGUUUGAUGGCUUCACGAGCACAUUCCAGGAUAAACUAUUUAGGGGCUAUAAUAUGGAAAUACACAAUCAAAUAUUCUAUACAACAUUAUGUUCUUGUAUUCUCAGCUUGGCUGGUCUAAUAUUCCAAGGACAUCUUCCUCUAGCAAUAGAUUUUGUUCGUCGCCAUAAUGACUGUUUCUUUGACAUUGUGCUGCUUUCAACUGUAGCAACAGCCAGUCAGUUUUUCAUUUCUUACACAAUUCGAACAUUUGGUGCUCUCACAUUUGCCACCAUUAUGACCACCAGACAGUUGGUGAGCAUCAUGUUGUCAUGUGUCUGGUUUUCCCAUCCCCUAAGCUGGCAACAAUGGAUAGGAGCUGUAAGCCUCAACCUCAAAUUACCUUUUCACUUUUUUGUUCAUAUUUUGGGGAGCUCCAUUAACCCUGUUUAUAACAUGUUGAUCAGAUCAUUGUUUUUGGUUCUCUCUAUGCAAAAAGCUUCCUGAAAAGUAUGCCACAGAAACCUUCACCCUCUGAAGAAAGGGAGAUUGAGGCUUCUAAGCCUUUGAAGGAGAGCCCCUGAUACAAGCAAUCAGAUUUCCCACGGUAUCUGCCAUUAACCAGUUGUUGAUAGGCAGCUUUAGUGCUAGAUUAUUGGGCUACAUACUAAAGAAUAUAUACAACGCUCCCACACGAACUUACCUACAUCAACACAAAACCUCAUGCAGGUGGGUAGAAUUCAGAAUAGUUUUGACUUCACGACUUCUCACGGGAGCAGUGAGUUCACAUUAACUAAAACCACAUAUACUUGUCCUUUUAUUUCACAUUACAUUUUCCUUCUAUAGGAAUGAUCCAAGAAAUGCAAAAGGCAAUUGUUGAAACAGCAUCUUGAUUUGAUGAAUUUACUAGGAAAAAAAAGGGAAAAUAUGAGGUAUGUCAUUGCUGUGCAA